CGUGCGUGAUCUCCAUUUCUCGCACACAAGUUUAGUGAAGUUCUUUGUAUAUCCUGUAGUGAAGGGUAUUUGACCCUUUAAAAUUAUUUAAAAUGGUUAAGAUGGAACAUGAUGUUGGAAAAAAUGAACCUGAACAUGUUAGGAAAUUAUUCAUUGGUGGUUUAGAUUAUAGAACCACAGAUGACUCGUUAAAGAAACAUUUUGAGAAAUGGGGAGAAAUUGUUGAUGUGGUUGUGAUGAAGGAUCCAAAAACAAAACGAUCGAGAGGCUUUGGUUUUAUUACUUAUUCACGUGCACAUAUGGUAGAUGAUGCUCAAAAUGCAAGACCACAUAAAGUAGAUGGACGUGUAGUUGAACCUAAAAGAGCUGUCCCUAGGCAAGAAAUUGGUAGGCCUGAAGCUGGUGCAACUGUGAAAAAAUUAUUUGUGGGUGGUUUAAAAGAUGAUCAUGAAGAAGAAGAUCUUAGACAGUAUUUCCAAAGUUAUGGUAGCAUAAAUUCAAUCAGCAUUGUGACAGAUAAGGAAUCUGGCAAAAAACGUGGUUUUGGUUUUGUUGAAUUUGAUGAUUAUGAUCCCGUAGAUAAAAUUUGUUUACAACGUAAUCACCAAAUACGUGGCAAACAUGUAGAUGUUAAAAAGGCUUUAAGUAAAGCAGAAAUGGCUUCUGCAUCAGGUGGUGGCGGAGGUAGUGGAGGUGGUGGUAGCAGAGGAGGACAAAAUGUAGGAAGGGGACCUCGAGGUGGUAACCAGGGUGGCGGUAAUUGGGGCGGUCGUGGAAGUGGCGGCGGCGGAGACUGGAAUAAUGGUGGUAAUCAGGGUGGUUAUGGUGGAGGAGGUAAUCAAGGAGGUUGGGGCGGUAACGGUCCUUGGGAGAAUCAGAAUCAAGGUAAAGGAGGUGGCUGGGGAGGUCAAGGGGGUCAAGGUGGAUAUAAUAGUGGUGGAAAUUGGAGCAACGAUAACUUCGGAGGAGGUUAUCAACAGGGCUAUGGCGGUGGUCCAGUACGGAAUAAUUUCAACUCUGGAGGAAGACCAGCACCCUAUGGUAUUAAUAUGGGUCCUAGUGGCCGACAGUCUGGAGACUCGAGAUGGCUACCACCCUUCGGUGGACAAGGUCCUAUGGGUGGUGGAAACUCUGGAGGUGGUGGCGGUGGUUAUGGUAACCAAGGAGGCUAUGGCGGUAGUUCACUUGGAGGUGGAAACAUGGGAGGUGGAGGUGGUGGCGGCGGAAGAAGAUACUAAAGUACAUUAUCCAUGGUUACUUCCCUCACGUGGUGAACCUACUACUUGUCUUCUAGUCGCCAGUACUUCUGUACUGUUUAGUAUUGGAGCAGGCAGGGCUAUAAGGCUAG